AUGGGUUGGAAUAUGCAACGGACCUACGACGCGCAAUGGGAAGCGGCCGAUUUAGCGGCCCAGACGCGCGAAGAUGCUAUCAGGGCUCCAGGUUUGAUUCCCAAGGAGGAUAUUUGGCAACCUGGCGAAUGGGCCAAGUGGCUAGAUAUCGAACGCAAGCUCUUGGCGAAACGGCAGGACGCACAACAGUAUCGGGCGACCAAAAUGUUGGACCAGGUCAAAACGGUGAUUCAAGCCACCUAUACACCCGAGGGAGGGGAGAAAAUCUCCGAAGACUCGAUCAAUAGGGUGGCCUUGAGUAUCGUUACGGUGGUGGUGGUAUAUAAUUGUCUACCACCGGAACUCAUGGCCGUCACAGAUGAGGAAAAAAAACAGAUCCUUGACCGGUACUGGGAACUGAAGCAAUUACAAGAAUGUUACCCAGGAUUAAGUGUAGACACAUGGGAGGAGGUUAAGACGGGCCUUGAAAAAUUACCGCCUUCGCCCCUCACUGCCGAAAUGGACUGGGAAUUCAUUUCUGAGCAACUGGUCCUGGAAACUUACGAAAGGGGAGGAGUUGGCCCUCUCGAAAAAAGUGAUAUUGAGCGGCUAAUCGAAGGUAAACAGAAGAAGGUAUAG